AUUCUUCUUUUGACGAGCUCCGCGGCCGAUCCAUUAUGUCAGGCGCAGCGCGAGCGGCGGCACUCGGCCGCUACUGACGUGUCUCCGGUGGACUGCGCUUCAGCCGCGUCACCGCCUCGACUCAGUUGCGGGGCUGCCGCGUCGCCGCAGCGCUUCCGCCGCAUCGCGCAAAACACGUAGCGUGCCGAGACGUUUCUUCCGCCGCCAUGAACGCGACCGACCGAGGCUGGCAGGCGCUGCGCAACUGCACACCGCCGGCCAUCGACGACUUCCCGGCGGGCCUGUUCAGCGAGGCGCAGCGGCAGCACGGCGCCAUCGUGCUGCACGCGCUACUGUCUGUCUACCUAUUUGUGGCGCUCGCCGUCGUCUGCGACAAGUUCUUCGUGCCUGCCGUCGACAGGAUCUGUCACGCGCUCAACAUGACGAACGACGUGGCGGGUGCGACCUUCAUGGCUGCGGCAACCUCGGCGCCGGAGCUGUUUGUCAACGUGAUCGGCACCUUUAUCACGGAGGGCGACAUCGGCGUCGGCACAAUCGUCGGCUCCGCUGUCUUCAACAUCCUCGCCGUGGCCGCGUGCUGUGGGAUCGGCGCCGGAAUGGUGGUGCCCCUAGACUGGUGGCCGCUGACGCGCGACUGCCUGGCCUACGGCAUCACCGUCUCCAUUCUCAUCUGCAUUAUGCAUGACGAGUACGUACAGUGGUACGAGGCCCUACUACUCGUGUCGCUCUACGGAGUUUAUAUAUGCAUCAUGUAUUACGACAAGUCCAUACAAAGCUUUGCUAAAGGCAGCUGGAAAUGUGUAUCGGAAAUGUUAAAGAAAAAUGAAGGCAAACAAGAUAGCCCAUAUGGUGUCCCCGGCGACCAGAAUGAAUCGAAAAUAGCAUCGACGCAUCAAAGAAGUGAGACGUCGGCGAGUCACUGUCUGCACAACGGAAACAUUCGCAGCACAUCUCUGUACCGCGAUCGCGAACGCGACCUGAAAAAGCUGGACACCAUCGAAGACGAAGACAAGGUAAUGGGUCGUGCGGAGGAGCUGACAGCCUCAGGGACAGAGGGCGCCGGCCAGCUGGAGGCCGCUACUAAAGUCGAAAUGGAGCAUGCGAACACCUGCGAAGGGGACGCGUACGAGCAUUCACUGUGGAAGUGGCCCUCGGGGCGCAGCAAGCUCACCAAGAUCGCUUGGAUCGUAACUUGGCCGAUACAUCUGGUGUUCCUGUUCACGAUACCGGACUGUGAGAAGCCUCGCUUCGAGACCUGGUUCCCGUUAACGUUCGUCAUGUGCAUCGUGUGGAUCGGCUCGUUGUCCUACAUAGUCGCCUGGAUGAUCACUAUCAUCGGUGAUACGUUAAUGAUUCCGGACUCGGUGAUGGGUAUAACAUUCCUGGCCGCCGGUACCUCCGUACCCGAAGCCGUAUCCAGCGUCAUCGUCGCCAAGCAAGGGCACGGUUCGAUGGGCAUCAGCAACUCAAUCGGGUCCAACACGUUCGACAUCCUGCUCUGCCUCGGGCUGCCGUGGCUCAUCAAGGCGGCGCUCACUCCGGCCGAGCCCGGAAAUUACUGGGUGAAGAUAAACUCGAUGGGUCUGGAGUACUCGGCUAUAUCGCUGCUGUCGACGCUACUGCUGCUCUACCUCACAUUUUGGCUGAAUAAGUUCCGGCUGGACGCGGCGGUGGGGCGCGCCUGCCUCGCCAUGUACGCCCUCUUCCUGCUGCUCGCCACGCUCAUCGAGCUGAACGUCUUCUUCCCCGUCAACGUGCGCACCUGCAGGAGGUCCGAGUUAGCCUCUUAGCCGCUUUUCUUUUUCCUAUUCCCAUUAUCUUUCCAAUCCCUUCCCUACCAAGUACCUAUAGUAUCGUAAGGAUCCCCAGAAUACCGUUUAUCCUUUCCUGUUCGUAAAUGUCGUACUUCGACGGUCUGUUUAAUUCUUUAGUAAUAAGUCUCAUUUGGUGUUCGAAUGAAGCGGUGUCACAUUGGAGCUCUAGAUCUUUAUCUAAAGGUGCUGCCGCUAUUUAUGUUUGUAAGUGUUCAUUUAUCUUCUGUAUUUAAGACACAAAUAAUGUUUAAGAUAAAAUGCUGGCAUUCGACAAAUAGGGCAUUACAAGAAGGCGAAGGCGGACGUGUAUAGAUAAGUGCGAGUGCUGUUCGAGAGGCCGAGGGAUCCGAUUGGCGCUGCAACAAUUGGCUCAAUUGCGCCUCAACGGCAUCGACGGCUCCCUCUGUCAUCAUAAGCAGAUAAUUACUAUGUCAUUUGAUGGAACAUCAUUCCACUCCGUUGGUUACGAUCGUCGGCUUCGAUUGUGCUAAUUAUUAGUAUAUUUCGAUGAGACCACAUUCAAUAAAGAACACCGAUCAGAAACUUGUUUUGUAAAUAAGUACAUAAUAUUUUGU